UCAAGGGCAUAGAAUACUUGCGCGAUCUUGCGCGCGGGUGUGAAGGUGCCCCAUGCUCAACCUGAAAGCUGCCCGUGAGCUGGCAGCCAAGGAGCUGGGCACAUCGCCCCGGCGAGAAGACAGCACCGGCCGAAGCGCGAAGCGCAGUGCUGCGGGCAGCGUCAGUCCGCGCCACCGCGAUGAUGCCUUAGUUCUACGUGCCCAGUUCUCCGUGGGCGACCGGGUGGAGUACCGCAGUGACACCCACCGGCAGUGGUUGCCGGGGACGGUGCAACGUAUCCGAGAAAAUGGGACCAUCUACGAUUUGGAUGUGAAAAAAGGAGCUCAAGCCAGCAAGCUGAGAAGGGCCUUGGAUGAUCCUCUCGACCGUGAGGUGACGGCCAGGCCUUUCAGAGCAGAGCCCGUGACCGCGGUCUACAGGCCUGAGCCUUCCGCUUCCUCCCCAAGGGAGUCCAAGGAGCCUCGUCGCCCCCGCGACCUGAGCACCGAGCGAAGAUCCCCGAGAGAUCGACGGAGCGAAGAUCCCCUGGAGCGAGCCAUGGAAAAGACCGAGGUUCAGGUUCGGCCAUACUUGGAUGGCAUUCGGGCACCAGCAGUCCAUGAUGAAGACGAGAUGAGAAAGAAGGACGGAGCAGUGGUGGGCUGGGCCGCCAACGCAGGCCGUGAGAUGGCCUCACGGGCUGGUGCCGUCACAGUACGCAGGAUGGUCCAAACGACCAAGCUGCUCCUGCAGAACCUGGAAACAGCUCUGAUGCUUCGUGCGGGCUUUUUGGCCAAUUGCUAUCACAGAUGGCAUUUGGAGGUGCAAUUUGCCAAGUUGGAUGCUCAUCACCGAGAGGAACUGGAACAGCAUCAUGAUGCCUGGGCCGCGCAUUUUAAGAAUCACCAGCUGAGCUUCGAGGAAGAGCUCGCGAAGCAUGCGCGGCAUCAAAUGACCGCGAAGGAGAAGCGCCAGCAGCAGGCCAUGCUCAUUGUGGAUCAAUGGGCCGAGGGUGAUCGGAAAGGUCUCUUGCGGAGGGUCUUUCGCUCUUGGUCCCAGUACGCAAUCCAAGAGCGGUACCUGAAGCGCGCCGCAGCUAACGUUCACAUGGCCGUGUUCGGCUGGGUGGAGGGCAAAAGCAAGGGCUUGAAGCACAGCUGCUUCCUCUCGUGGCAUCAUCAAGCUCAAAGCGAAUCCUUGGUUAGACAAAAGGAAGCAGAAUUGGCUUCUGCCAAGGGCUCCUUUGAGAAAGACAAGGCUGCUCAAGACGCUGCAUUCAUGCGAAAGCUUCAAGAGAUCGAAAGUAAGCGGAGAGACAACACCAGUGGUGUCGAAGCAGUGCUGGCGAGCUGGGCCAAAGGAAAGAGCAAGGGCUCGAUGGCGCUGGUUUGGAAGCACUGGAUCACUUGGUCCAAGGACCGCGCGCGGCGCGACCGACGCCACGAAGGGAUCCAACUGCAGCUGCGGCGCUGGGCGGAGGGCGAUCGCCGCGGCCUCGUGCAUGGAGUUUGGCUGCGCUGGCGCCAUGAGGCGCAGCAGCGGAGGACCGCCUUGCAGGCGCAGAAGGCCGUGGAGUCCGAGGCGAAAAAACUCGAGAAGCUCCUGGACGAUGAGAGGAGGAGGGCAGCAGCUUUGGAGAAGCAAAAUGCCAUGUCUGCGGAACAGCGGAAGGAAGCUGCCAAGAGGCUAAUGCAGUAUGUUGCGGCAAAAUGGGAGUACGGUGACAAGAAGGGAACUCUCAAAGGCAUCAUGAAGGGUUGGUGCAGCUAUGUGCUGGAUGCCAAGCGCCACUCCAGACGUCGCCAAGGAGUCCAUGAUGCCGUGCUCAAAUCUCUGCUUGGAGAGGCCCGCGGUAGCGCCAAGCUCGCCUUGAUGAAUUGGCAUAGCUUGACGAAGGAUGAGAAACGCAUGCGUCAGAUGGAAGACGUGGAGCGGAAAGCCAAUGAGAGGUUGGACAACUUCAUGAAGGACAAAGAUGCCGAGCACGAGAAGAUGCUCCAGAAGGCUUACAACUCGGUCGAUGCCAUCAAGGCCAGAGCUCAUCAUGCCACACAGAUGGUCUUGAGAAGAUGGAUGGGUGGCGACCGAAAAGGGAUCCUGUCACAGUUUUUCCAGGACUGGCAAGAAUACGUCAAGGUGAAGAUGCACUCAGCAGCGCAAAAGCAGAGUGUGAAAGAUUCGGUGAUGCGAUUUAUUGAGGGUGACCAGCGUGGUUCUAUGCACUCAUGUUAUCUGGGAUGGAUGAACUACGUGAAGUUUGAAUUGAAGCAUCAUCGUUUGGCCCAACAGCAGCAGAAAAAACUAGAGGACCUUGAGAUGCAAAUGUCCAAAAUGCAGCAGAAGCGCGAACACCAGAUGAUGAGGUGUGCUGAAGCUUUUGCCGGUAAAGGGAGCGUGCUCAAAGGAAUGGUUCUUCGACAGUGGCAUGAGCAGAGUGUGGGGGAGAACGCAAAAAUGGAAGCCGAGCGCGAACGGCUUGUGCAUCUCAAGGAGCUCGAGACACAGAAGCAGCAAGCGGAAGAGCUUCGCAAAGAACGAAUUGCUCGGGCGCUGGAUGGCAUGGGCUGUCGGCGCACUCGUGUAGUUCUGACCGAGUUCUUCUCCGGCUGGGCCGCUGUCUAUGACAAGGCCAAGCUGGAUCAGAUGUACCGAUUGGAACACAACGAGCAGAUGCUGAAAUAUUCCCAGUUCAUGCUCGGGCAGAAGUUCCGUAAGGAUGCCAAGGCCUUGCAGGCAGAGGUCUUCUCUGCUUGGCACAUCCAUGGCCGCUUCGAAGCCCACGAAGCGCAUCACGAAACGCUGCAGGAACGCCUGGCUCAUGCCAACUCCGAUAUCCAGCAGCUGGAGCAUCAUUGCGCAGACCUUCAGGAUGAGCUGCAGAUGUACUACCAGCAGAUUCGGGAUAUCACCAACACUCUUCAAAAGGAGCUCCAAACCAAGGAGGAAUUGGCCUCUGAACUUCGGGACGCCUAUGAAAAGCUCCGCACGGCGAAGGCGCCGCCCGGGGGCGACACCGGUCGCUCCGCCGGCAGCGAGCCGCGGCCCCGCGCGCCGGGCGCGGCGACGCCUCGGAGCCAGCGCACGCCGCGCGACCGGGAGCCGCUGGGGAUACGGUAUCAGGAUGGAGGCACUGCAGCCACAGCGCCGGUGUCGGCUCUCGGGCCGAACAAACGGGAAGCCUCUGCGAUGUCCUCGGCGUCGACGGCACCCACGCUGCCACGCAGGAUACCACGUGGCGAGGCGGCUGGAUUACAGACUUCAAGGGCUGGUGUAAAUUUCUUAAUCGAAGGGCGGUGAUGUAAAGACUUGAAAGCGAGAGAGAGAGAGAGAGAGAGAGGGAGAAGAGAGCGUUGAUUCAAAGCGAGCCACUUUUACAUUUGGACAGUUUUACAUCGAGUCAUGUGCGCUUCAGCAUGGAGAACGACCCGUCUUCCAGCGGCAGGACUCACCGUCCAAGUGUGAUUGGCGAGCAGCAGUGCAACGCAUGAAUGAGGAGGGCCUUGUGCACUUGGACAGUUAGCAAGAAAAGUCAGCGUGCUGAAUGGAAAGGAAUUGCCAAAUGGCACAUCCUAAUGCUUUGUACUGGGUGCCAUUAUGCAUACCAUUACUGUAGAAUUUGUUGCAAAAGGACCCGCGAAUUUUCUCACAAAGGUAGAGUCAGAGAUCAUGUUACCCCAGCCGCAUUGCAGGGACAUGUACACUAGAAACCUUGGGUGCUUGAAAAUUUGUCCACAAGCAGACCCAUGAGCUUUCACCUGGCGCA